AUGACAGGGACAAAAUCUGGAUUUGUUGGGAUCUUUAAUCAAGAAUAUCCCGAGAACAAUGUUGUAUUUCUGCAUUGCGUCAUACAUCAAGACGCCCUGUGUAAAUCUGCCUUGGAUAUGAAACCUGUGCUUGAUGUCGUUGUGAAGCUUGUUAAUGCCAUUCGAUCUCGAGGGCUUACUCACAGACAAUUUCGAGAGUUUCUUGACUCCAUGCAAUCUGAAUACUCUGAUUUACUGUACUACUCGAAAGUAAGGUGGCUUAGAGCGGGACGCGUCUUCGAGCGAGUUUGGCAGCUGAAAGACGAAAUAGUGUCAUUCUUCCAAGAGAAACAGUGGUCUGUAGAAUGUGAAAUGCUGGAAGAUACUGCAUGGCUUUCGGACUUUGCAUUUUUCACAGAUCUUCUCUGCCACCUGAACAAGUUGAAUGUCAAGAUGCAAGGAAAAAAUCAAUUUAUUGAUGAUAUCUGGGGCCAUAUCAGAAGUUUUAAACUACAACUUGUUCUGUUUGCAGAUCAGCUAGCUAAGAAUGACUUGUCUCACUUCCCGAGGUUAAAUUCAAUAGCCCCAGUGAUGAAGGACAAGCUUAGGAGCUACGAGGAUAGCCUGAGAAGACUCCGUGGUGAAUUUGAACGAAGAUUUCAAGACUUCAGUGCCAUUGAAAAAGACUUGGAUGUUUUCAGUAUGCCUUUUAAUGUAGACUGUGAAACAGUGAAACCGGACUUGCAACUUGAAUUAAUUGAGUUGCAAUGUAACACUCAACUCAAACAGUUGUUUCUCAAUGUCCCAAAAUUAGAGUUCUACAAGUCCUUGUCGAAAUCCAGUUUCCCAAAUCUGAUAUCUCAUGCCCAGAAAGUCACUGCUAUGUUUGCUUCAUCCUAUAUAUGUGAACAGGUGUUUUCUACAAUGAAACUUCGAAAGAGUUGUAUUAGAAACAGACUGACAGAUGAGCAUUUAACUUCACUUCUGAGAAUCAGUGCAUCCCAGUUCGAACCAGAUUAUGAGAAAAUUUUGGAAAUGCAGUCACAGUUUCAUUCAUCACAUUCUCCUUCAUAA